AUGUCACUGUGUAGUGAUCUCCGCAACGCGUCCAAGAGCAAACGACAUGGAGAUUUAACAACUCUCACCCGGGCGCAAUCCACGGCGCUCCACGCCCUGUAUAAAGUGCACCGCGUCGUGCAAAACAACCAACCCAUAUCUGCCCUUUUCCACUCCAACUACGACCCAGACAACCUCUCCGACGACGAGGCCACAUUUCUCCAAGAAAAUGAUAUCUCCUGCGGCCGCUUUGACCCAUCCACCACCUUGACAUUGCGACUCUCGCCGCCUGCGCAUUCCACACCACAACAUCAUGACGCGCAAAAAUAUGCAUCACAACACUCCUCAGCACCUACCGAAGCUACUGAUCGACCAGAAAAAUCCACAAAACCUAAUGCGACGGCCGUGGCUGGUCUCUCUUCCUCGACCAUCGAUCAAUCCACCUCUCUCGACCCAGUAGCCGUUGUCGCAAACCGGAAAUUGACCCCAACUGAGGUCAAUAGUGAUGCCGUCCACCAACCAAAGUCGUCAAAUCUCAGGGAACCUGCAUCACUUUCAGGCAACGUCGCUGUGUCGCCGGAGACUAUCGUACAACCGUUGCCCGAGGACAAAGCACACAWUCCGGAACCCGCGCAGGAGAUUGUGGACAUGAAGCAGCCUCCAAGGCCCACCAAGGCUGUCCAUCUUCCUCCCCAAACCGUGCAGGAGGAGCGAUCAAGAGAGCGAGAGGCCGGCGAGGAACAGCGAAGGUCUGACGCGGAACCUGCCAAGUCGCAACGCCUGCACACCUCCAACGAGGUCGCAUCUAGUCCAUCUUCCACAGUCGGUGCAUAUAGUGCUGCCACACCUGGCCCGCCCUUGGACUCGCCAGACACAUCGCCAGACUCCGAGAGCGCGCAAGCCGAAGUACCYCCACCCAAGGAUCUGCAGCCGUCGCCGGAACAGCAGCGGGAGAAGGAGGAGCAUGACCGAAUUCUUGCCGCUCAAAAGGAAAUUGCUCGAAAGGAAGCUCUGGGUGAUCUCUCUGUUGCCGAAACGCCGGAUGAUCAGUUGAGAUGGGAGGAACGUGAGGCGGAUGCGAGAGAGGCUGAGGAGCGGGCUGCGAGAGAGGAUGGCAAGGGCCCGGAACCAGAUUCCAAGGAUCGCAAUGACCUCACUCAAGCGGGGGAAGUUGUCGAAGAGAUUGAGGCUGAUGCUGCCGGGCAGGAGGAGACAUCGCACGAGGAGAACAAGUCCCAGGCUGGAAAGGACAGGAACGGCCGAGAUGAUGGAGACGAGCAGGACCAAAACUCCUACGAAGAAGAACAGCAAGCAGACACGACCAUGCAGGACGACGCCGAUACCAUCGCGGUUGCGACUCGCAAAGCACCACUGCAAGUSGAUACUUCAAGCCGACGUUCAUCCCCAGCGCACAUGGACAAGCAUUCAAUGCCUGCCACGUCGCGACGAGAGGGAAUGACGACAAGAGUCUCAUCUGGCGUACUCCGACAAAAGUCUGUGUCGGAAAUCCUGGGGCACAGUCACUCGGAUUUUUCUCCUAUUGUCAGAAAACACUCUUCGGCAAUAUCGCCUUUGACGCGUCGACAUCCUUCAGAUUUCUCAGGUCAUCCAUCCAUCGAACCUCUGCUACCUGUACAAGCAACGCGAUCAUCCCGGGUCUAUACUCACCACCGUACAUCCUCAACACUCGAAUCUGCAAUGGAUCAGCUCGCGGCGCUCAAGGGUGCAGCAGAAGACCCGGAACGCGAUUAUCUCGAGCCCCUUUUCCGUAUUCAAGCUCACGACUCUCCCAACACGAGGACCAAGGCAUUACCUGACCUUGUCAAGGUCGGCGCCAAAACUCUGUCCACCGAAGAUCACUUUACAGCAGUUCACGAGCGUUUGGACUUUCGAAUGCUCCGAAGGAUAUAUCAACUCCAGAACGCCAACAAGUGGUCUCUCCGGCAGAUGGAGAAGUGCAAAGAGCCCGAUGAACCAAUCUCUCACCACGACCACAUGAUGUCAGAGAUGAAGUGGAUGCGUAAGGACUUUAAAGCAGAGGGGAAGUAUAAGAAGAGUCAAUGUGCUUGGCUUGCUGCUCGUUGCGCCGAGUGGGUGGCCGCUGAUGGAGAGGAGAGGAGAAUGAUGCAAGUCAAGAUCAAGCCUCGUCAGUCGAAGCACGCUAGCCACACUAAUGAGAGCUCCAUGCCGGAGCUAGAGCACACCGGAGAUUCGGCAGAAGAAGACGAUGGAACUCCUCCUACACCACGAGCGGGAUCGCCUCUAAGGACAACUCUGGUUGUAGCACCUGAGCUUGCAGGAGUCGUAGAGGAGUUGCGCAAAUCAGGUGAGCUGUCAAAGGCUCUCAAAUCGCUYCCCACGGUUGAUUGGGAGCCGAAGAAGCCACGCCGCGCUCGGCCAACUGCGGUGUCGAGAUUCGUCGAAGGAAAAGUCUUGCCCAAACCGUCCGGUCCAAAACGCAAGCGAAGCCGAUAUGACUACGAGGACGAGGCGGAGUUGCUUGAGUUGCAACCUCACUUGAAGCGCGCGCGGGAAGACCCGCCUCCUGAAGUAUCAGACUGCGCCCUCUUCCACGCAGACAACAAGCCAAUUCGGGAUCGUCUCCACUCCAACAACGCUUUCAGGCCGCCGUCGGAGUUCUUGAUGCCAUCAGUCUCAUUCUAUGAAUGCCGCAACGGCUCUCAAUGGAUUUGGGAGGACGACCAAAAGUUGCGCAAGCUGGCAAAGGAGUACUCAUUCAAUUGGUCACUCAUUGCUGACGAAAUGGCUCUGCCCACUCGGUACAAGAGCUCGGCCGAGCGAAGAACACCCUGGGAGUGCUUUGAGCGGUGGGUCGAGCUCGAGUCUCUUCCGGCAGACAUGCGCAAGACGGUGUACUUUAAGACAUGGUUCAGCAGACUGGAGGUCAGUCAGCAAGCUGCGGAGAAGAGGUAUCAAGCACAGGUUGCUUCUAUCCAGCAAGCGGCCACAGCAAGCGGCGGUCAACCUCAUAUUCCGCCACGUCGGAGGACAAUUCCCACGCGUGUGGAGAAGCGGCGGUCGACGAGAUACCUUUGGAUGGUGGAAGGAUUCCGCAAACUUGCAAAGAAGCGAGAGCAGGCAGCUUGGAAGCAGGCCGAAACAGCACGAGCCGCUGCACAACGAAAGUCGCAGUCGGACAACUCGCAGGCUGCCAAGGUCAAGAUGACUCCGCAGGAAUUUAGUAAGAAACGCCACGAGCGAGACCUGCAGCUGCAAGAAAUGCAACGACAACAACGCCAAAAGCAGUUGGAGGCUCAAGCGCGCAACAUACAGCUCGCUCGACAGGCCCAUCAGCAAGCACAACAACAGGGCAUGCCGAACGGCGCAGCGCAGCAGCAGCRUCCUGGUGGGCCAAUGCAGCCUGGUGCACUGCAGCCCUCAGGGCAGCAACCAGCGAAUGCGAACGGCAUGGUCGCAGGUACACAACAAGCUCGUACUGCCGUCAGGAAUGGACAGCUGGCACCCCAAGUUAACGGACAAGGGAUCCCACAAGCACAAAUGCAGGCUCGUGCGGGUCCUACCCAGCAUCCAAGCAUGCAAUUGUCACGGAAUCCCCAAUACUCUGCCCAGCAAUAUCAAAUGGCAAAUGGCAACAUGCCCAGCCCGGGAGGCAUGGCGACGCAGCAACAUCUUGCUCAAAACCAGGCGCUCGCGGCGGCAUAUCCUCAGCAGCAGCAACUGCAGUCAUCWCCGAGCAUGCCACCACCACCGACGCCACAGAAUGGCUCUGCGGGCGCCCAACAGCUUUCGUCUGGAACUACACCGAUCAUCAACACAAUCAAGACUCAACUGCGUGCUCAAAACCCGAACAUGGCGCAGGAUCAACUCGAUCAGCUAGCGAAUCAAACGCUGGUCAAGCAGUACAACAAUCAAGCCAGGCAGAGCGCCAUGAAUGCCGCUGCUGGCAUCCCUGGACAGGGCAAUGUCGGCAUGCAGCAGUUCCCUCAAGCCCAGACGGCAUAUCAAGGCAACCGUCAGAUGCAGCCCAGCGGAAUGUACGCGAAUGUGAAUGGUGGUGCGGUCGGGGAAGGCAACAAUCAGACGGCUCAUAUCCCCAACCCCAGCCCACAAACGCAACAGCAGCAAGCUUACAAGCAGAGCAUGCAGCAGCAGCAGCAAUACAGUGCGAUGCGAAUGAUGCAGAUGCAGAGCCCCAAUCCCGCCCACGUCAGUCCGGCGUUGUCGCACGCCAGUCCCAACAUGACAACUCCCGCGAGUCCGUCGAUGCAGCAAUAUCCGAAUAUGAGCCCAAUGGUCCCAGGCAUGAACGGUCAGCCGCAGGCACGCCCGACCAGUCGGAGUAACACUCCACAGAUGCAGAGGGUUGGAAGUUCGGGUAGUGGGAUCAACGGUGGGAUGCAGAGCCCAGGCGCGUUGCAGGGUAGUCCAAGGAACCUACAGGCCAACAUGGCGAGGUCGUAA